GUGUGUGUGUGUGUGUGUGUGUGUGUGUGUGUGUGUGGCUGUGAGGGUGCGCAGAGAAAUAAGAGCGAGUGCGGUAGAAGAAGUUCUUGUGCUACCUUCAAGUCAGUAUGUCUCUUAGGGAUCCACCAUAUGAACCUCCUUCUGUCUCGGAGCUGCAGGAGUUCCUACUAGCAGACAGACAACCUUCAGGACAUGUGAAUCAAGUUUGGCCCAACCUUUACAUAGGCAACGAGGUGGCGGCUCGUGACAAGGGCACUCUCCACGGCCUGGGCAUCACUCACAUUGUAAAUGCGGCUCAUGGACCCCCCAGCCCGGGUCCAGGGGCCCGUUUCUACGUCAGCACCGGACCGCGCUUCUACAGAGACAUGACAGUCGAUUAUUAUGGGGUGGAGGCUGAUGAUGCAAUCGAGUUCAUCCUUAGCCCUUUCUUCUACCCAACAUCACGACACAUCAGAGCUGCACUGGCCAUGGGAGGACGGGUGUUUGUCCACUGUCUGAUGGGUGUGAGCCGCUCUGCGACCUUAGUGCUGGCCUUCCUCAUGAUUGCUGAGGGCCUGAGGCUGCAGGAGGCGGUGGCUGCGGUCAGGCCACACCGAGACAUCUGCCCCAACCCGGGCUUCCUGCAGCAGCUCCGCAGCCUCGACAGGAGCCUGGAGAGGGAGAGGAGUCGACGGCGACAGGCCCAAACACUGUAAAGACAUACAUAGAUACACACA